UCCCUCCCCGGGACCGUCAGCAGGGAGGAGAGUCGCCAGAGUUGACAGCUCCGCGCUGCGCCCGCCCCUUCCCUGUGCGCUCUCCUCCCCACAGGACGCGGGUUCCCCUUUAAAGCAGCAGCACCGGAGCCCCCCUCCUCGCGCGUGGCCCGCGCGGGGCUGCGGCGACGCUGCCCCUUUAAGACCAGCCUCCUUUAACCCUCGCGCACCCGGGCGCCCGGCGGACUCGCGGCGCCGACAGAAGCCCGCCUCCCGCGGCGCUUCCGGACCCCGGCGUCGCCCCUUUAAGAGCAGCCCCCCGCGGCGCUCCCGCCCCGGUCCCGGCGCGCGAGGCGGGGGAGCCGGGCUGGAGCAGCGCGGUCGGCGCGGCCACUGGAGACCGAGCGGCCGGCGGCCGGGCAGACGGUGGCGGCGGCGGAUGGGGACGCGGAGCCGGGCGGCUGCGGCGGCUGUGGCUGUGGCGGCGGCGGGGAAGCAGCUGACGGGCCGGCGGCGGCGGCGGCGCUGGCGGCGGUGACUGGCCCAGGCCCCGGCGGCGGCAGCAGCGACGCGGUGGCAGGCUGCGGGCGGGCGGUGUGAGGAGCGCGGAGCGGCCGGGCCCCGGGGCGCCCCCGCCCCCCGUCCUCCAGGCCGCCAGGCCCCCGCCCGCCGGGGCCGUGGAGCGCCGCGCCAGAGGCCGGGGCCCCCCCAUGAAGGAGCGCGACGCGGCCCCGUCCGAGCGGGGCAAGCCGGCCACCUACACCGGGGACAAGAAGGCGAAGAUGGCGGCCAAGACCAACAAGAAGUGGGUCCGGCUCGCCACCGUGUUCGCCUACGUGCUGUCCGUGUCGCUGGCCGCCAUCGUGCUGGCCGUCUACUACAGCCUCAUCUGGCAGCCGGUGGGCGCCGGGACCUCGGCGGGAGCCGCCGGCCCGCCCCCCGGCGGCUCCAACGCCACCGGCCAGUCCGGGACCUCGGGGGCGGCCGCGGGGCCCAACGCCACCGGCUCCUCCCGCCGCGAGGCGCCGCGCGACGCGCCCCCGCUGCAGGCGGCCGGGCCCCCGCCGCCGGAGCCCCCGGCCGACAGCCCCCUGGCCGGGCCGCCGGGGCGGGCGCCCGGGCCGGAGGAGGACGAGGAGGAAGCGGCGGCGCCCGGGAGCCGAUGAGGUCCUCGCCCCCGGGCGGCGCGGAGCCGCCCUCCCGGAGCCUGGGCGCGGGACUUGGCAGCCGGACGGAGCGCCCGCGGCGGGGACCCUCGCGGAGCGAACGCCGCCUUCCCCGACGGCCGCCGAGCGCUGGGGCGCGUGGCCUGCAGCGCGACCUUCCGCGGAGCGACCACGAUUCGUCCGGGACUCGGGGGUUCGGUCUCCCCAGGACUGUGCGGCGGCGCCGGGUGUAUGAGCCAUAAGGGGGCGCGGGGGGGGGGUGUCCCGGCACCGAACCUUCUGCGCCGCUGGCGGUGGUGCAUCCUUCGCGCCGGGGGGACUCGGGCUUCCCCCCGAGACUCAGGGGAAAGAGGGAGCCGUUCGGGCUCGUAAAUCAGCUGAAGCUGUCGGAAGGCGGGAGGGCACCAGGAGGAGGGGAGCUCAGUGCCCCCACCCAGGAGGUUUGCUGUGGCACCCCGAGUGUCCGGAUAUGGGCCAGGAAGGAAGGAAGGGAAAGAGCCAUGCCUGUGUGUCUUCAGUCUUUGGCCUCACGGUUUAGGAAGAGCAAGCUUUGAUUCUUUGAACUUGCAGGCGAACAUCUGGGAGUCCAACCCCCGUCCCCAUCCUGACCCCUGCAUUCGGGACUGUUGGAUCCACUCUGGGACGGAUCAGAGUCUAGAGAGACCACUCCUAGGCCCAACUGCUGGCCUCCUGACUCUCACGCCUUCACUGGAACUGGGACAUUCAUUCCAGCCCUAGCUGUGAACAUGACCAGAGACAUUAUUUAUAACUCAGCCAUUUAAGAUAUACCUGUACUCAAAAAAGUCUUGUAUAUUUUUUAAAAGUUUUAUUUUUCAGGUGAACAAAAAUACAUUCUAAGAACUCUGCGUAA